UGAGGUUUCGGUUGCUUUCAGCUGGUGCGGUGCGUGUGCGAACGUUUUCGAAAGCCCGUCGGUACUCACACAUCAGUAGAGAAUUGUAAAAAUAAAGAAAAACAAUAUUAAAGUAAAGGCAAUGCAUACUAAAUUGAUCUAGAAUUCAAUUGAGCUGCAGUGGCAUCCCAAAGUGGAACCAAAGGGCAAGAGCACGAUCCCUACCUUUUACCCUCCAUCACAAUAUGAACCGAAGUUGCAAAGCGAAAAGACCGCGCGUGAAGUUUUCCUAAGCAGUGCUCUGGUAAAGGUCAUAUGUGUGUACACAGCACAUCGUAUAAGUGAAGAAGAGAUAUGACAUUGCCCUCCGCCUUUCUUCCUUCUGUGUUAUAUGAUGUCUAAAAUUCAAAGUCCUUUAAAGUCCCUCACGGAGUUGUAGUGCUGCACUUUAAUAUAACCAACUUUGAUCACCGUCACUAGACCAAUACCAAAUCCAUUACCCCACAUCGGAACACAACAAAUAUUUUGGACUCCGAACUGUGUGUUCGGCUGACCCCAUCUAAAUUUGAAAGGAUAAUGAAGCAGUCCUCCAAACGCUUGACUAUGACAACAAUGGGUUCAUCGUCCAGCAUGUGUGCACAAUUGCAACAAAUGUUAACCCUUCUUCUAAUGGUCAUUGCAUUGUGUGCAUCCCGAAUAGCCAGUAGUCCCACACAGCCACAGCAGCAGCAGCAGCAAAAACAGCUGCAUCCCCAGCAACAGCAGCAACUACAAAUGCAAGAAGAGCAGCAGAAGCAUCAAACCACAACGAUACGUGUCCAGCAAUGCCGCGAGGGAUGCUUAGAGAAGUUUGCGGCGAAAAAUCCUUUGUGCCAACAAACCUCGGAAUGUUCCACGUGCUGGGAUGAGUGCAGUAGAAUAUCCCCAUCUAAAAUCAGCAAAUCAAUAAGAGAGACAUGGUCUCUCCACACAGUGUCUAUGAUCCAACAGGAUUCUUUGGUUUUAGUGGAUGUCGCGUGGGACCAGAUGAGUGUUCCCUACCAAUGUCUAGUUACCUGGGAGGUGUCUGGAGGUGGUUUAAUGGGCAAUCUACUUACAGAGUCCUUCAGUGUGCAGUUGUCUUUAUGGCCGGACACAAAGUACCGGGUCCAAGUAACUUGCAAAAACAAGUUAUCCGGUCUAAUGUCACGGUCAUUACCACUGGCUAUCGACACAUCAAAUGCUAUUCGAGCUGUUGAAUCAGAUGCUGAUGCAAAGAUCAUUCAAAAGCCAAGUCUUUUGGGUUCUCUCAUUACCAAACUACCGCUUUCACCGGUAAUGUCUGCAACAACAACUAUGGAAACAGUCCACUUGUUAUCCGCCCAUGAUUCGUCCAAUGGUCUCAAUACAAUCGAUUCCAAUGUGGUGCCAUACGAUUAUGCUCUACAUUCCGGCGAAAGAAAAGACCACGAAACUAGUUUUAUUCUCAAUUGGAAUAUUAUCCGGAAAAACGGCGAUAUCUCUUCGGUGGAACCUAUGCAGCAAUCGGAACAAGAACUAUGGACGAUGCUCGCGAACGCCCAAAGACCUUUGCUGUUCGGCAUGACGGGUGGCUUGGUUCUCAUAAUAUUCUUGCUCUUAAUUUGCACAUGCCCAUUGCAGAGUCCACGCAUUUCUAAUGACAAAGCCAUGCUGAUUGCAGAAGACUUGAAUGUGGACCGGCUAACAGUGCCACCAGUGCAAUUGUUCUCAUCAAAAUUCUCAGGAGUCACACCCACACCAUCAUCCGAGAGUACAUGCAAAUCGCCCGCCACUUGCUCGAGGCACACGCCACGAGUGUAAGCUAGGCCUAGAUCAUGCUCAACUGUAGCCCCAAACCACAAACCCUCUUCCCCGCCCCUAAGAAGCACUGUCAAGUGAACCAAACGCAAAGUAUUCAAAUAUGCAACUUGCCUAAGGAAUUUUUUAUGGACGUAUUGAAAUAAAAGACAACUACUUUUUACUUAUGUAAAAGGACUCAAAUCGGAUGAAUGAUGCGCGUGUGUUUGUGUAGCGUAAGUGUGUAAGAUGAACGAAUGCUUUUGAGCCUUCUGGCAUCAUUUCGCGAUAUCCUAUAAAUGUUUAAUUAGAUCUUAGUCCGCAGCUCAAAUGGCAAUAGUUAUAGCUUGUUUUGUACAACAACAACAAAAAGGAACAAACAAUACAACAAAUAGAAAAACCAAUGAUCGAUCGCUCGAACUGCAUUAACUGCUACAUUCUCAGCCAAGCAAUAAAAAAUCCCGAAUUUUAUCAAACGAAUCACUAGGUCUUGCCCACAGGCAGCAGACGUGGGUAUUGCAAGAAUGCCAAAGCAAUGCGAACGGCAGGCAAAGUCGAUGCGCACCACAACCGCCUCAAUAGAGAACUCCAAUGUUACACAAUCAUAUCUUUCAGCUCUAUUUGAUUAAUGAUGCUCUCACUGUACAGAUGCAGAUCGUCCACUACUCAAAGACCUUUUUUGUAAGCAAACAUAAUCAAAAUUACCAAAAACAACAUAAUUAUAUAAAUAAUAGAAAUAAAAAUCACAAACAUCAAAAACUUUAGGCAAUUUUUUAUGAAAUUAAA